CUACCAGUGCCCAAAGGAAAAAGGCUAGGUCUCUUUUUAAGUGCUAAAAGAGCUUGGAGGUCAUAUUCUGGUUACUUUUGCCUUCGCCUUCUGGUCAAAUCAUAGAUCAACCCAGCUCCGUAGAAGUCAUGAUUGUCUGAAGAGUGCUGCCAAUAUCUAAAGUCGCAACGUAGACUCACUCUUACAACGCCAAUCAACUAAAACAAUCCGUACUGCAACUUGACCUGAAUCCCCCUAAUUUGCAUUCCGUCAACCUCCAAUAUGUCUGGUGAACCAGAGCCUCGUCGAUCUGUGCGAGCCACAAAAGGGCAACACACGAAAGUAUUCGACCAACUCGAAAACGGGCCAGAGCCAGCUAAGAGACGCCAGACCAAAAAGAACAGCAAGAAGGCGACCGAAAAGGACGAGAAACAAGAGGAGGAUGAAGAGAUCAUCCGUUGCAUCUGCGGUGCUACCACGCAGGACGAUGAUGACACGAACGAGCCGUGGAUUGCAUGCGACAAGUGCGGCGCUUGGCAGCACAACGUGUGUAUGGGCAUGAGUGUUUUUACGGAAGAUUUAACUAGAGAUUACUUCUGUGAACAAUGCGCGCCCGAGGACCACAAAAGUACCCUGGAGGCUAUGAAGAAGGGUGAGAAGCCUUGGGAGGAUCGUAGGCACAAGUAUGAAGAAGAGAAGAAGCGCAAAAAAGGGGGUAGAAAGAGCAAGGGAAAGCGUGUAAGCGACCCCAAGGACCGAGCAUCACCGAGUGCAUCCAGCGCGAAAGGAAAGGCAUCUACCCCUGACGCGAAAAAGGAUGAGACUACUCCUGAGUCGGCUUCAAAGGGCAAGCGCAAGGCUCGAGAUCAGUCGCAAGGACCACAGAGCAAGCUUCGCAAGGUUUCAGAGGUACAAGCAGUUCCAUCAGGUCCGGCAUAUACGCCCCCUGAUGAUCUGCCCGAGAGCAUACAGAAGCUUGAGGGACCUCGAAGACAAGCAGCAUUAGGCUUACAGAAGUCUCUUGAUGUUGCUGUUGACCUUACUGAGAAGAAGAAGCUGUAUACGCUCCCCGAAGGCUCAUCCAAAAAGGAUGUUACUGAACGGUUAGCUAUCGAGAUUGAACGAGCCUUUCAAGAUACUCAUCCGAAUACCUCUCAUAACGCAUCUCAGCUUCGCGCACUGUUCUUCAGUCUGAAAAACAAUCUGGAACUUGCUAGUCAGGUCCUGAAUAGGUCAUUGCCACCUACAUCCUUUGUCGUGAUGACUGGUGACCAGCUUGCAACUAAGGAGCAGCAGCGUGAGACGGCCGAGAUGAAAGCGCGGGCGGAGAAGCAAUCCAUUCUGAUUACUGACGAUGGCCCCCGGGUACGACGAACUCACAAAGGAGAGGAAGUUGUGGAAGUGGACCACCUUGCAGUUGAAUUAGACGAGGCCCCGUCUACUCUUCGCCGAAAGGGUGUUAGAGAAGCUAGUGAGGCUGCGAAUGCGAGCAACGAGGCGGCUGCAUCAUCGGCGGAUGGAGGGGCAUCUCCUGCAAAUACUGGCAGCCUUUCUAGCUCGUCAGCGGUGCCUCUUCGGGUUGAUACCCAGACACACCAGCAAUCGCCCAGAAGAUCGGAUUUUGAUAUUGGCAAAGUUUUCUCGAGCGUGCGCUCUCCUUCGGUAUCUCAUCAAAGACGAGCCUCUACACAAGUUCAGUCGGCAGGUCCCGGCGACGAUCCUGAAGUUGACCGACUACUCCAGGAAGAUGGUAACGAGUCUCCGCCAUACUCACCGACCGAGCACGUCGACCCUGAUAUCGUGUGGCGCGGUCCCCUUGUUAUGACCAACGUGGCCGAGGUUGAUACCGUAGCGAGGUAUGCUGGUGGCGCCGAUCUUAGCAAGGUUAGGAACAUUGCAUGGAAAGACUUGAUACCGCCCCUUCUCACCGUCGCCGGACGUAUCGCAGAAGAGAAAGCUAUUCCGUAUCUUUGCGGGUUGAGAUAUAACAACCAGGUAGACCUAGUCAUUACUAGUUUGUCUCCGAGUCACCCCACGGACCCCGCCGCACGAAAGCAAUUCUCGGCUGUCAUUGAAUACUUCCAAUCUAAGAAACGAUAUGGAGUUGUUGGCGAGAAGAAGCUAGGCAAUGUUAGAGACACCUACUUGGUCCCCGUAGCGGAAGGCGACGGCCCGAUCCCAGAACCAUUGCAAAACAUUGGAGAUCACCUCAUUCCUCUGAAGCGUUCCGAGCCUAUGCUCCUAAUGAUCUUUGUCUAUCGCGACGAGAAACAGGCACAGAUUCCGAUCGACCAACAGCGUUCAGAGCUACAGAAAGCGACCUCGGCAACACCAACUCAAGGUACACCAAUGCCGCCGAGACCAUCGCUUUCAGGUCCGUCGUGGUCACCUGCAACACCUCAGGGACCCUUCGGUACCCCGACUUUGCCUCAGCCGCAAUACAGUCAAACGCCGAUUCCGCCUCCUAAGAUCCCAGGCCAUCCGACACCAGUAGUGCCGCCCCGCCAGGCGCCACCCGUAUCCGCACCCGCACCCGCACCUGUGCCGGCACCCGCGCCGCAAGUUGCCCAAGACCCUAUGGUUCCGGCUUUACGAGCUGCACAGGCUGAAGGCGAAAUGAAGGCUCGACAAGUACUUGGUCCUCUGUUCUCGAGCUCAACCGUGGCCUUCCUUCUUCCUCAUGCGGCUCGUAUGAAGGAAGGCGAGUGGACUGCCGUUCGUAGAGCCUUAGAGCGUGAUCCACGCGCUCGUGAUGAUCUACAGCUUCUGAGUAAGCUUUUGACUGAAGAGGGUAACAACCACCGUAAGAAUGGUCCGCAACCCAACCCAGUCCCUUCUGGUGUCGCCCAGACUACGAUUGCCGCGACAAUUGAAGGUUCGGCACCAGCAGUCCAGCCUAAUACGUAACCCUUCCCAUUUAUCGAUCAACAGAACAAUUCAAUGCGGAUAUAUAUGUAUUCUG